UACGAGAUAAGUACCAGAAAACUUAUGUGAGAUUUGAGAACAACGGUUAGGUGAGGCAUCACUCACCACUCACCAGUCUUCUUUCAUCUCUCUAUUGAAAUCUUGAUCCAAAAAUUAACAAUUCCCGCGAAAAUAUUUAUUUUUUGUUAUUAUAUUAAUUCUUCGGAUCCAUAAAUAGAGACAACAACAAACACGGGACGUAGAGAUCUCAUUUUCUUUCUUUCUCUUCAACCGUAAGUUCUGGUUGUUCUUUCCUCCAUCUUACAGUACCCAAAAACAAAGUUUGUGAAGGUAAUUAAGAAAUGGCAAGAAAGAAGAUCAGAGAGUAUGAUUCGAAGAGGUUGUUGAAGGAACAUUUUAAGAGAUUGGCUGGUUCUGAAUUAGCACUCAAAUCAGCUCAGGUCACGGAAUCAACUGAUUUCAAUGAGCUAGCGAACAAAGAACCAUGGCUUUCAUCCAGUAAACUGGUUGUGAAGCCUGAUAUGUUGUUUGGUAAGCGUGGGAAGAGUGGUUUAGUUGCCUUGAACCUCGAUUUGGCUCAAGUUGCCAGCUUUGUGAAAGAGCGUCUUGGAAAAGAGGUAGAGAUGGGGGGUUGUAAAGGACCAAUCACUACAUUCAUCGUGGAACCCUUCAUCCCACAUGAUGAAGAAUUUUAUCUCAAUAUUGUUUCUGAGCGCCUAGGAUGUAGCAUUAGCUUUUCAGAAUGCGGAGGAAUUGAUAUCGAAGAAAACUGGGACAAGGUCAAAACCGUAUUCAUCCCAACCAGAACAACUUUUUCUGCGGAUUUAUGUGCUCCUCUGGUUGCAACACUCCCGUUGGAGAUCAAGGAGAAGAUCGAGGAUUUCAUUAAAGUGGUGUAUUCUAUAUUUUUAGAUCUAGAUUUCACCUUCCUAGAGAUGAAUCCUUUUGCUUUGGUCGAUGGAAAGCCAUACCCAUUGGAUAUGAGAGGAGAGUUGGAUGACACUGCCACUUUCAAGAACUUUAAGAAGUGGGGUAACCUUGAAUUUCCAAUGCCAUUUGGAAGAGUAAUGAGUCCUGCUGAAAGCUUCAUUCAUGGGCUGGAUGAAAAGACAAGUGCAUCUUUGAAGUUCACAGUUUUGAACCCAAAGGGACGAAUUUGGACUAUGGUAGCAGGAGGAGGUGCUAGUGUCAUCUAUGCAGACACGGUUGGAGAUCUUGGUUAUGCUUCUGAGCUCGGAAAUUAUGCCGAAUACAGUGGAGCACCAAAUGAACAAGAGGUGUUGCAGUAUGCCAGAGUUGUUAUUGAUUGUGCAACUGCUGAACCCGAUGACAAGAAGAGAGCUCUUGUGAUUGGAGGAGGAAUUGCCAACUUUACUGAUGUCGCUGCUACAUUUAGUGGCAUUAUCCGAGCUUUAAGAGAAAAGGAGGAAAAGCUUAAAGCUGCAAAAAUGCAUAUAUAUGUGAGGAGAGGGGGACCAAACUAUCAGUUGGGUCUUGCCAAGAUGAGGAGUCUCGGUGAGGAAAUCGGUAUUCCUCUUGAAGUGUUUGGUCCCGAAGCAACUAUGACUGGCAUAUGCAAACAAGCAAUAGACUGCAUCACUGCAUCAGCAUAAACUUGUCAUGACCAGGAAAAUGAUCUGUUCUUUUCUCAUUAGAUUCAAAUUUCUCAUUUCUUAUGUGUUUUUCUUCAAUGUAAUAAGUACCUGAGUAUGUGAUCAAUUGUCAUUAGCAUUAUUGUUUUCCAAUUAGACUACUACUAUUAUUUUAGUGAUUGUGAAAGUCUUACCUCCUAAGUACAAUGUAUUUAGGCAUUCAUAGAAAUGUAAUUCGUUUUUGUUCAACACAAGUCAGUUCAUGAAA